UUGUAUAAAACCCUGGCCGUACACCAUCACCAAUCCUUUGGCCAAGAAUAGUCGAGGGCUCUCACUUCAAGGCAAGAUCCGCUUCCGUCUUUCUGUGCAGCGUGGAUCUGUAGUGUGUUUGUGGUUGAGGAUCCAAAAUGCAGCUUCAUAUCCGAGCUCAGUCUAACCAUGUCCUGGAGUGUGCAGGCUCCGAGACCAUCUCUCAGAUCAAGGAGCAAAUUUCCCGCCUGGAGGAUGUUCCUAAAGAGCUCCUCUGCCUGUACAGUGAGGGCUCUCCUUUGAAUGAUGAGCUCUCCGUGGAGAGUUUGGUAUCUGGGAGCAUUGAUGUAACAAUCCCUCUUCUUGGAGGUAAGGUUCACGGUUCUCUUGCUCGUGCUGGUAAAGUUAAGGGCCAGACCCCUAAGGUGGAGAAACAAGAAAAGAAGAAGAAGAAGACUGGUCGCUGCAAGAGGCGUAUCCAGUACAACCGUCGCUUCGUUAAUGUUGUCCAAGGUUUUGGCAGAAGGCGAGGACCCAACUCCAACUCAUAAAUUAGGUUCAGGCUUUGCAGCCUUUCUUUGUACAGUGUUAUGUAAUUAAAGGAUGGCUGCCUUUA